CAGAUUAUACUCGUUCAAGUUGUAUCUUUUGAUAAAUAAAUAAAUAAAUAAAAGUUGCAACGCCCAACUUUCAAUGUCGCUGCUGCUUCUUCUGCUCCAUCGCCAAUGCCUCGGUGAAGCUGACUCAGAAGAACUCAUUUUCCACCAUUUUCAUCCUCUGCCUCAAUUAAGUUUUCUGAAUCUGUAGGUCAAAACUUGAUAUCAACCCUCGAAUUGAUCCAAGAAUUUCAUUUCUGAAAACCCAGUUCUAUACGUGGUACAGUAGGAAAGUAUGAACAAAUUCCCAUUUCGUCAGUUUUCUAGUUUGCCCAAUUCAAUUGCAAAAGAACCCACCUUUACAAGCCCCACAACUUGUGGGAAAUUUGGAAAAAGGAAUUGGAAUCCACUUCCUAUUCCCCACAGAACAAUUCCUGAACCCAAAGGGCAGGACCUUGAUUUUGUGAAUGUUGCAAACAGCCAUCUAAUUCACUCUGACUGGGCUAAGCUCAAUUCCUUGUCCAAUGGUCUAACUGCUUUCAGAGUGAAACAUAUACUGCUAAAGAUUAAGCAGGACUAUGUUCUUUCCCUUGAGUUUUUCAAUUGGGUUGCAGCUCAAAACCCCACUUCACUUACCCUUGAAACAUACUCCAUGAUUCUCCACAUUCUCACCAAAUACAGGAAGUUCAAGUCUGCAGAGUCUAUUUUGAGAAAGGUUUUUGUCUCGGGUUCGAUAGAUUUGCCUUCCAAGUUGUUUGAAGCAAUAUUGUAUUCGUACCGCUUGUCUGAUUCUUCUCCUCGUGUUUUCGAUUCUCUUUUCAAGACUUUUGCGCAUAUGAAGAAAUUUAGGAAUGCCACACACAUAUUUUGUCAGAUGAAGGAUUAUGGGUUCUUCCCAACAGUAGAGUCUUGCAAUGCAUAUCUGAGCUCGUUGCUUGAUUUACAUAGAGCUGAUAUUGCUUUGGUAUUCUAUAGAGAAAUGCAGCGUUGUAGGAUUUCACCGAAUGUUUAUACUCUUAAUAUGGUUAUAUCUGCUUAUUGUAAAUUGGGAAAAUUAGAGAACGCUGUUGAGGUCCUUGAGAAGAUGGACAGCAUGGGUUUUAGUCCUACAGUUGUAUCAUAUAACACGCUGAUUGCAGGACACUGUGAUAAGGGUCUUCUGAGUUCGGCUUUGAAGUUCAAAAACUUGAUGGCGAAGAAUGGAUUGCACUCGAGUGUGGUUACUUUUAACUCACUUAUUGAUGGGUUUUGCAAAGAAGGAAAACUAAAGGAAGCAAACAGAAUUUUUAGUGAGAUGAAAGCCAUGAAUGUUGCUCCGGAUACUGUAACUUACAAUACUUUGAUAAAAGGGUACAGCCAAGAAGGUAAUAGCGAGAUGGGCAAUAGGCUUUUUGAGGAGAUGUCAAGGAAUCAAGUAAAUGCUACUAUCGUGACUUAUAAUGCAUUGAUAUUGGGACUCUGCAAGGAGGGUAAAACAAAGAAAGCUGCACAUCUGGUUAAAGAACUUGAUAGAAAGCGCUUUAUCCCAAAUGCCUCAACCUUUUCUGCCCUCAUUGAGGGGCAGUGUGUGAGAAAGAACUCGGAUCAUGCCUUCAAGUUAUGUAAAAGCAUGAUAAGGAGUGGUUAUCAUCCCGAUGAGCAUACUUUUAACAUGCUGAUAUCUAGCUUCUGCAAUAACAGGGAUUUUGAUGGAGCAGUUGAAGUCUUGAAAGAAAUGUUUGAUAGAUCUUUUGCUCUUGAUUCAAGCAUCUUAUCUGAUUUAUGUCAAGGACUAUGCAGAUGCGGGAACGAGAAAAUGGUAAAAUUGUUAUGCAGUGAGAUGGAAGCUAGACGCCUCAUCCCUCAAGGUUUUGACAUGGCAAAAAUUCUCUCCCCUGUAGUAGUGGAAGAAUACUGAACAUUCGGAAAUAACAUAUAAAAGGUGUACAUUGUUUUCCUUGUACCUUUCAAAGAGAACGUUCUACGGUGUUUUGGAUGCGGAUUAUUACUUGAGUUGUAAGAGGCCUUUGUUCAUUGGUUUAAUUUAACUCCUUUUCUCUUGA